ACAAUUCCCAUGAUGCACUCGAAAGUUGCACUGAAAGGAAGUUGAAGAAUCCCCCAAAAAGUUGACCCAAAUUAGUUUGUGCCUCAGAUAAAGCAGGCUGAGAGCUGCGGCUAACACCCGACUGCUGUCCACCUCCGGGCUUCGGCUAUUUCCUGCAGCACACAUUCACUAGUACGCACAGGUGUCAUGGCAGAGCGGGUGCUGGUGGUCGGUGGUGGUGGCCGGGAACAUGCUCUGGCCUGGAAACUGGCUCAGUCGCCGCAGGUUCAGCAGGUUCUGGUGGCUCCGGGAAACGCCGGCACGGCCAGCUGUGGCAAGAUCAGCAACUCUGAGGUUUCGGUGAGUAACCACAGCAUCCUGGCUCAGUUCUGUAAGGAUCACCAUGUGGGGCUGGUUGUGGUUGGACCUGAGGUUCCACUGGCAGCAGGUAUUGUGGACGACCUGACGGCUGCUGGAGUUCCAUGUUUUGGUCCUUCAGCCAAAGCGGCUCAGCUGGAGGCCAGUAAGAGUUUUUCCAAGGCCUUCAUGGACCGCCACGGCAUUCCCACGGCUCGCUACGCUUCCUUCACCGACCCUGAGCAGGCCUGCAACUACAUCCGCACGGCCGACUUCCCAGCUCUGGUGGUGAAGGCCAGCGGUCUGGCAGCGGGGAAGGGAGUCAUUGUGGCCCGAGAUCAAGAUGAGGCCUGUCGGGCUGUGAUGGACAUUAUGAAGGACCGAGCGUUUGGAUCUGCAGGGGAGGAGGUGGUGGUGGAGGAGCUUCUGGAGGGAGAGGAGGUGUCUUGCCUGUGCUUCAGUGACGGCCACUCGGUGGCGCCGAUGCCUCCAGCACAGGAUCACAAGCGGCUCCAGGAUGGUGAUCAGGGGCCAAACACCGGCGGUAUGGGAGCCUACUGCCCCACCCCACAGGUGAGUCAGGAGCUGCUGCAGCAGAUCAGAGAGUCGGUUCUUCAGAAGACUGUGGACGGGAUGAGGGAGGAGGGAACUCCUUAUGUGGGUGUGCUGUAUGCAGGGCUGAUGCUGACCAAUCAGGGACCAAAGGUUCUGGAGUUCAACUGUCGCUUUGGAGAUCCAGAGUGUCAGGUGCUGCUGCCGCUGCUGCAGAGCGACCUGUACGAGGCCAUCCUGAACACCAUGAGUGGUAAACUGGCCUCCAGCGCCCCCGUGUGGCACCAGGACAGCUCUGCAGUUACUGUGGUGAUGGCCAGCGCCGGUUACCCCGGUUCCUACCAGAAAGGAGUCCAGAUCACAGGUCUGACCCAGCUUCAGGACUUGGGGCUGCAGGUUUUCCACGCUGGCACCGCCUUGAAGGAAGGGACCGUGGUCUCCAGCGGGGGGCGGGUCCUGACGGUCACGGCGGUCCGGUCGUCCCUGGAGACGGCGCUGCAGGCGGCCAAUCGGGGCGUGGCGGCCAUCGGCUUCCCGGGUGCCGUUUACCGGCGCGACAUCGGCCACCGAGCCACCGCUCACCUGAACCAACACAGAGGUCUGACCUAUAAGGACAGCGGAGUGGACAUCGCUGCUGGUAACCGGCUGGUGGACAUGAUCAAACCUCUGGCAAAGGCAACGUCUCGCCCCGGGUGUAGUGCAGAGCUCGGAGGCUUUGCUGGACUAUUUGACCUGAAGGCUGCAGGAUUUGUCGACCCGAUCCUGGUGUCUGGGACGGAUGGAGUCGGGACCAAGCUGAAGAUCGCCCAGGCCUGCGGGCAGCAUGACGGUCUUGGUCAGGACCUGGUGGCCAUGUGUGUGAACGAUGUUCUCGCUCAGGGUGCCGAGCCGCUCUUCUUCCUCGACUACUUUUCCUGCGGCAAGCUGGACGUCGAUGUAGCCGCCUCAGUGGUCGGCGGCAUUGCAAAGGCCUGUGAGAAGGCUGGAUGUGCUCUGCUGGGUGGAGAGACAGCAGAAAUGCCCGGCGUCUACGCUCCAGGAGAGUACGACCUGGCUGGGUUCUGUGUUGGAGCGGUGGAACGAGGAGCCCUGCUGCCCCGGUUGGGCGACAUCGCCGAGGGGGACCUCCUGAUCGGAGUGGCCUCUUCUGGGGUUCACAGCAACGGCUUCAGCCUCGUCCGUAAAGUCCUGGAGAAGGUGAACCUUGGCUACAGCUCCACUGCUGCUUUCAGCACAACGGGACAGACUGUCGGGGAGGUUUUGCUGACUCCAACGAAGAUCUACAGUCGCCUGCUCCUGCCGAUCCUGCGGAGUGGAGCUGUCAAAGCCUUCGCUCACAUCACCGGCGGGGGGCUUCUGGAGAACAUUCCCCGGGUGCUGCCCCAGGAGCUGGCAGUGGAUUUAGAUGCCUCUCGGUGGAGCAUCCCUGCUGUGUUUUCGUGGCUCCACCAUGAAGGGGGUCUGAGCGAGGAGGAGAUGGCCCGAACCUUCAACUGUGGCCUGGGGGCCGUGCUGGUGGUGGCCCCCGUGGACGCUCAGAGGGUUCUACGGCAGCUCCAAGCCCACGAAGAGGCCUGGAUCGUGGGUUCGCUGGCACACAAGCAGCCCGGGGCAGAACCUGUGGUGGUCCGAAACCUAAAACACAGCCUGCUGAAUGCAGGACCGACCUCCAGCGGAGACUCAGCGGUCGAGCAGAAUGGUGGUUGUCAUGGCAACAGCGUUACGCCACGCAAGAGGACAAGAGUUGGUGUUCUCAUCUCUGGCACAGGCACCAACCUGCAGGCCCUGAUAGAGCAGGCCAAGCGUCCGUCCAGCUCAGCAGAGAUUGUGGUGGUCAUCUCCAACAGGCCGGGAGUUCAGGGCCUGAAGAGAGCGUCGCUGGCCGGCAUCCAGACACGGGUGGUGGAUCACAAACUGUACGGCAGCCGUGCAGAGUUUGACGCCACCAUCGACCGCGUGUUGGAGGAAUUCGGGGUGGAGAUGGUCUGUCUGGCUGGAUUCAUGAGGAUCCUCACGGGGACUUUCGUCAAGAAAUGGAACGGUAAACUACUGAACAUCCACCCGUCGCUGCUGCCGUCGUUUAAGGGUGUGAACGCCCAGAAACAGGCUCUGCAGGCUGGAGUGCGGGUCGCCGGCUGCACGGUCCACUUUGUCGCAGAGGAGGUGGAUGCAGGCGCCAUCAUCGUGCAGGAGGCGGUGCCGGUGAUGGGCGGCGACACAGAGGAGAGUCUGUCGGACCGAAUCAGAGAAGCCGAGCACCGAGCUUUCCCCGCUGCUCUGGAGCUGGUGGCCAGCGGCGCCGUUCGGCUGGGAGAGGACGGACACAUCGUCUGGACGUCCAAUUCUCAGAGUUAAAGAGCACAAAUCCAGCUCAACUUACUGCACAUUCAACUCCACCAGGUUCCUUAAACUGGGUUUAGAAUCCAAAAGAGACACUAACAAAGCAGACUGAUGAGUAGAAAACACAUUUACUGUUUUUAAAAGCAUCAGCUAAGGUCAACUUUUUACCAUUUCACUACCCUCAGAUGUCCUUUUUUACAAAGUGUCAUGUCGUUUGAGCUUGUAAACCAUAGAUAGUGACAUUUCAGCUUCCUGUGAAAAAAACGAAUUAUACAUUCCAAAUGAAAAUGUUAGAUUUGCACUGAAAUGACGUUAGUCUAAGUAUGAUUAUGCUGAAUGUCUGCAUUAUUAAACUGGUCUGGGUGAAUGCAAGGAA